GAUGAGCUACACGUUGGACUCGCUGGGCAACCCGUCCGCCUACCGGCGGGUAACCGAAACCCGCUCAAGCUUCAGCCGCUUGAGCGGCACCCCAUCCAGCGGCUUCCGCUCACAGUCAUGGUCCCGCGGCUCGCCCAGCACGGUGUCCUCCUCCUACAAGCGCACCGCGCUUGCCCCGCGCCUCGCCUACAGCUCGGCCAUGCUCAGCUCUGCCGAGAGCAGCCUUGACUUCAGCCAGUCCUCGUCCCUGCUCAACGGCGGCUCUGGGCCCGGCGGAGACUUGAAGCUGUCCCGCUCCAACGAGAAGGAGCAGUUGCAGGGGCUGAAUGACCGCUUCGCGGGCUACAUUGAGAAGGUGCACUACCUGGAACAGCAGAACAAGGAGAUCGAGGCAGAGAUCCAGGCGCUGCGGCAGAAGCAGGCCUCACAGGCCCAGCUGGGCGACGCCUAUGACCAGGAGAUCCGCGAGCUACGGGCCACACUCGAGAUGGUGAACCAUGAGAAGGCGCAGGUACAGCUGGACUCGGACCACCUGGAGGAAGACAUCCACCGGCUUAAAGAACGCUUCGAGGAGGAGGCGCGGCUGCGCGACGACACCGAGGCGGCCAUCCGCACGCUGCGCAAAGACAUCGAGGAGACGUCUCUGGUCAAGGUGGAGCUGGACAAGAAGGUGCAGUCGCUGCAGGAUGAGGUAGCCUUCCUGAGGAGCAAUCACGAGGAAGAGGUGGCCGACCUGCUGGCCCAGAUCCAGGCUUCGCACAUCACCGUGGAGCGCAAAGACUACCUGAAGACAGACAUCUCGACCGCGCUAAAGGAGAUCCGCUCCCAGCUUGAGAGCCACUCGGAUCAGAACAUGCACCAGGCAGAAGAAUGGUUUAAGUCCCGCUACGCCAAGCUCACCGAGGCUGCCGAGCAGAACAAGGAGGCCAUUCGCUCCGCCAAGGAGGAGAUCGCUGAAUACCGUCGUCAGCUACAGUCCAAGAGCAUCGAGCUCGAAUCUGUGCGUGGCACCAAGGAGUCACUGGAGAGGCAGCUCAGCGACAUCGAAGAGCGCCACAGCCACGACCUCAGCAGCUACCAGGACACCAUCCAGCAGUUGGAAAAUGAGCUUCGGGGAACGAAGUGGGAAAUGGCUCGUCAUUUGCGAGAAUACCAGGAUCUCCUCAAUGUCAAGAUGGCUCUGGAUAUCGAGAUCGCUGCGUACAGAAAACUCCUGGAAGGUGAAGAGACCAGAUUUAGCACAUUUCCUGGAAGCAUCAUGGGGCCUCUGUAUACACACCGGCAGCCCUCAGUCACAAUAGCUAGUAAGAUUCAGAAAACCAAGGUAGAGGCUCCCAAGCUAAAGGUCCAACACAAAUUUGUUGAGGAGAUCAUAGAGGAAACCAAAGUGGAGGAUGAGAAGUCAGAAAUGGAAGAAGCCCUGACAGCCAUUACAGAGGAAUUGGCAGUUUCCAUGAAAGAGAAGCGAGAAGAAAAGGAAGAGAAAAAAGAAGCUGAAGAAGAAGUUGUAGCUCCCAAAGAGUCUCCCGUGAAAGCUGCUGCACCCGAAAUUAAAGAAGAAGAAGGUAAAAAGGAGGAAGAGGAAGAAGAGGAAGAAGAAGAAGAGGGUGCUAAAUCAGACCAAGCUGAAGAAGGAGGAUCUGAAAAGGAAGUGUCUAGUGAAAAAGAGGAAGAAGGAGAAACAGAGGCUGAAGGUGAAGGAGAGGAGGCUGAAGUUAAGGAAGAAAAGAAAGCUGAGAAAAAGGGUGAAGAAGUGGCUGCCAAAGAGGAGCUGGUGCCAGAAGCCAAGGUGGAAAAGCCAGAGAAAGCCAAGUCCCCUGUGCCAAAGUCACCUGUGGAGGAAGUGAAAGCAAAAUCACCUGUGGAGGAGGCAAAAGCAAAAUCGCCUGUGGAGGAGGCGAAAGCAAAAUCGCCUGUGGAGGAGGUGAAGCCAAAAUCGCCUGUGGAGGAGGCGAAGCCAAAAUCGCCUGUGGAGGAGGCGAAGCCAAAAUCGCCUGUGGAGGAGGCGAAACCAAAAUCGCCUGUGGAGGAGGCGAAGCCAAAAUCGCCUGUGGAGGAGGCGAAGCCAAAAUCGCCUGUGGAGGAGGCGAAACCAAAAUCGCCUGUGGAGGAGGUGAAGCCAAAAUCGCCUGUGGAGGAGGUGAAAGCAAAAUCGCCUGUGGAGGAGGUGAAAGCAAAAUCGCCUGUGGAGGAGGCGAAGCCAAAAGAGGAAGAAGUGAAAGCUGAGGAGGAAAAGAAAGAAGCAAAGGAAUCUCCCAAGGAAGAGAAGGUAGAGAAAAAGGAGGAGAAACCGAAAGAAGUGCCAGAGAAGAAGAAAGCGGAGUCCCCAGUAAAGGAGGCGGCUGUGGAGGAGGUAGUUGCCACCGCCAAGCCGGUAAAGGUGAGCUUAGAGAAAGAUGCCAAAGAGGAGGAGAAGCCAAAGGAGAAGGGAAAAGCAGAAGAGGAAGGCGGGAGCGAGGAGGAAGGAAGGGACCAAGUUUCAAAGGAUUCCACCAAGGAAGAUAUAGCUAUAAACGGUGAGGUGGAAGGCAAAGAAGAGAAAGUGCAGGAAAGGAAGGAAAAGGGCAGUGGGGCAGAAGAGGAGAAAGGGGUGGUCACAAAUGGGUUAGACCUGAGCCCAGCUGAUGAAAAGAAGGGGGGCGAUAAAAGCGAGGAGAAAGUGGUAGUGACCAAAAAGGUGGAAACAAUCACCAGUGAGGGAGGAGAUGGUGCUACCAAAUACAUCACCAAAUCUGUAACCGUCACUCAAAAGGUCGAAGAGCAUGAAGAGACCUUUGAGGAGAAACUAGUGUCUACUAAAAAGGUAGAGAAGGUCACUUCACACGCCAUAGUAAAGGAGGUCACCCAGAGUGACUAAGAUCUGAGAUCAUUGCAAAAGGUUAAGCCAUAUGACAAUUUCUAAAUGCAUGUGAUUGACAGCUUCAAAACAGAACGGGUUCUCCCAUGUGGGCUCCAGACAUUGUAUUUUACUUUGUGCAAUAUGAGGGAACUGCAUGCAAGCUCAGGGUGCUCCCUCCUCAGUCUUUGGGGGAUUCAAAUGCAUGACACUGUAUGUACCUGGGGAAUUUGCCAAUUUCCUAAGCUGUUGGAAGGAGGGCACUCAGCGGGGGGAUGUCUUGAGAUGUAUUAUGCAAAGAACCAACUGAGCCAAAAAUAAUAAGUGAAACAGAACUCUCUUAGCCUUAAGAAAGCUAUAUAUGAAUAAUUAUGUUUACCUCACUGGUGCAUUUCAAAUGGACUUUCGUUCAUGGGAGAACCUCGUUGACAUGCAUAGUCUGCAACCUUUCGUUGAUUGAUGUUAAUUGUCACAGCAGUACAUGCUCAAUAAAGGUCAUAUUGGAAACAUAAUCAGUGGCUUGGUGUUACGUCAUUUCAAGGUAAAAUCUCUGCUUCUUGAAUCUUUCCCUAGAGUCAAUUAUUCGGUGGGGAUUCUAAGUACCUGCACUUUUACCACUAUUUCAGUGAGAGUGAUUAUUUGAAAAAAAAAAAAGAUAAUUGCUGAAAACAUUUUCAGGUCUCAAAAUCUUUAUUUUGUCCAAACUUCACGCCAAAACUUAAAAAUCAUAUCUUUGAAAAAGAAAAUCAGAUAACAAAAUAACAUGGGUGGAAGGGAGGUCUUCAAUUUCCUGAUGCUUGAGUCCCAAAGUAGAACUCAGAGAACUUCAAGACAAAGAGGGGCAGUAAGGAGUCCUAACUUGCUCCUUGGAGUUGGGACACAGAUAAAGGCACUCGUGGCAGUUAUUACAAUGGGUCCAGUUGAAGCUGUGCUAAAAUCACUUAGACAUCUAACAAGAAACAUCGAGUCUCAGGUGCGUGGUUCUG